AUGUCAACCACAGUUUUCUUUAAUAUUAUUCAAAUAUUUCUAGGUUUAAUAUUUUUGAGAUACGUCUAUAAUACAAUUUAUAAAGCGUAUUUUGGUCCACUAUCGAAAAUUCCGGGACCAAAAUUGUUCGCGCUACAUAGAUUUUUUUUUGACGGAAAAUUAUUAAGUGGUAACAGAUGGAGACUUGUACAAUUUGUGUUUCGUCCUAAAUAUGGAUCAAUCAUUCGUGUUGCUCCAGAAGCGAUUUUAAUCUCAGAUCGGGACGAAAUCAAAAAGCUUAUAGUCAUUGAGGAUUUUCCAAAAGCGCCUCGUUAUGCCGGUGUAAGAAGAGAACUUCAAGCCGAAACUUUAUUUACUGCGACGACCAAAACAUUUCAUAAAGAACGGCGACGAUUAUUAUCUCCCGCUUUCGCAAUGAAAUAUCUCACAUCCCUCGAUCCGCUUAUAAAAAUAUGCAUUCGCGAUUUAAUAAUAAAAAUUGAUCAAACGAUCGAGAAAGAAGGGUCCAAUGUCAGUGGCGUAAUGAUAAAUAUUUACGGGAUAUUGCUUAAUUGUGCUUUGGAUGUCAUUGGCGAAACAGCAUUUGGCGGAAAGUUUGAUAUGAUUUUGACAGGUACACAUCCACUGCCAUAUGAAGCUGGAGAAGCACUUCGACGACGUCUAGCGCGGACAAUAAGCCCUCUAUUGAAACCAUUUUUUGGCGAUAGGGAAUACCUGUAUACGUUUGUAGGUGACCUCGUAAAAAAACGACGUCAAGAAACAAAUCCAUCACGCCAGGAUAUACUGCAGAUCGUUCUUGACGCGCAAAAAGAAUCAGGGAUGACCGAUCUCGAAGUUUUUGAUCAAACAGUAGAAUUUUUAAUUGCUGGAAGCGACUCUACGGCAUUUUGUACUGCAAUGGCAAUAAUUACACUUGCCAGAAAUAAAGAAAAACUACAAAAAUUAUACGACGAACUAAAAGCUGCAAUUCCUUCAGUUGAUCCCGAUAAUUUGCCGGAUCAUGAGACGUUGAAACGACUGCCCUAUUUAAAUGCUGUUAUCUAUGAAUCACUGCGAUUAUACCCGGCUACUUUUGGAACUAAUAUUUACGCGCUACAUCAUUCAACUGAAUACUGGGGUGAAGACGUUAACGAAUUUGUUCCCGAACGAUGGUUAGAUCCUGAAAACAUCCCGCGUGACGCGUAUAUGCCUUUUUCAGCUGGCUCGAGGAAUUGUAUAGGACAAAAUUUUGCGCUACUUGAAAUCCGGCUAAUUAUUGCGGCACUAGUAUCUCGGUAUAGAAUAGUUGAUAUCCCUGGACAAGAUUUAGAUAUCGUACAAUUUCUUGCUCCUCGACUUCGUAAUAGAAAAUAUAAUAUGGGAUUUGCUUUCAGAAAGUAA